UCUCUGUCUCUCUCUAGAACAACAGUUCACACUUUCCGCUAUUGCUCUCUCUCUUCCUCCGCAAGCUUCUCCUUCCCUCACCACCGUCGUCCUCCGUCCACCGUCCACCGUCCACCGUCCAUUACAAGAACCCUCGUUUCCUUUCCUCCAAUUUCCUCUGCAAACGCUUCGCCUCCUCUCUUGCCCGACGCCUUCAGGGCCUACUUUUUUCGCCGUUUCGUCGGGACCUGAAUCCGCCGCCGUGAGAGGAGGACGAUGCUCGAAAGCGCCUCUCCUUCGAAGCCCUUCGACGGCGUCCGCUUCGUUCUGCUCGGCUUCGAUCCCAACGUUCGACAAGAUGUUUUGUUGAAGCUUGUUGAUGGCGGCGGGGUUGACGCGGGUGGAUACGGUCCGAAUUGCAGUCAUUUGAUCGUUGAUAGAAUUGUUUACGAUGAUCCCGCGUGUGUCGCUGCUCAGAAAGAUGGCAAGGUAGUCGUCACUGGCUUGUGGGUCGAUCACAGCUAUGACAUCGGAAUGCCUGUUGAUGCUUCAUCGAUUAUGUACAGGCCUCUGAAAGAUUUGAAUGGAAUACCUGGUGCUGAAGGUCUAAUCAUGUGCUUAACUGGUUAUCAACGGCAAGAUCGAGAUGACAUAAUGACAAUGGUUGGGUUAAUGGGAGCACAAUUUUCUAAACCCCUGGUGGCAAACAAAGUUACCCACCUUAUCUGCUACAAGUUUGAGGGGGAGAAGUAUGAGCUUGCCAAGAAAAUAAUGACAAUAAAGCUUGUUAAUCAUCGUUGGUUAGAGGAUUGUUUAAGGGACUGGGAAAUUCUUCCAGAAGAUAACUAUAGCAAGAGUGGCUAUGAGUUGGAAAUGGUGGCAGAAGCUAAAGAUUCUGAAGAAGAGGCUGAAGAAAAGCAACCUAGGGAAAAUGCUGAACAUAGGAGUCCUUCUAAUUCGAAAGUUGGGAUCUCUAGCUCCUCUGUGCCUUUGUCUGCAGCUAAGUCAUCAAAAGCACCCACAGGUUUAAAUGAAAUGGAAGGUCAAUCAACUAGUGCUAAGUACUUGUCAUGUACUCCAACUAAGGUGGCAGAAAGCCUGUCAGUCAGGAAUGACCUUAAUCAUCUUCCAAUAUCCAUUUCUCAUCAUGUAAGUCCUUUACAAACUGCAACUUCUGGUAGUCUAACUGAAGUGAAACAGAAAACUCCUGCGUCGAGCAGGAGCAAGGAACCAUGUGCUUCCAGAAGCAUUGAGGCAUCUGAGCUUGAUGCUGAGCAUAGUGCUUUGAGUUACUCAAGGAAAGCUCCAAGGAGAACCUCAUUUCCUCCACAAGCUGUAGAGGGAUCAGCUGAUGCAAAUUCUUCUCUCAGAAUACGUCCACGCAAAUUAGAUGGUGAUAUUGAAAACUCAUCCUUCAAAGCCAAAGACAGGGAUGGCGUUGGUUCUACUUGUAUCUACACUCCUUCACAAAAUCUGGAGGCACACUGUGAAGAGUCAAAAGGUACAGUUGCCCAAAAGAGGCCUGACGUUUCCCCGUCCCAAACGAGUUAUUAUGAAAAGCCAUGCAUCUCAGGGAGCCCUUUAACAGGUAGUAAAACUGAAGGAUCCGAGGUAAGAGGAUUGAUUGAUCAUCAUGGGGGAGCUCAUGAUCUUUUAUAUCCAAGAAAUGGUGCCCAUUAUACAAAUGAAACUGCUGAUGUUAAUAUGGUGGAGAAUAAAUCUAUAUGCAUUUCAACGAACAAGUCCAACAGGUCUAAUGAAGAAUCAGCAGCAUGUCAGUUGCCUUUCGCAAAUAUUGUCAACUUUGAUAUGGAGAGAGAUAAGAAUGAUGAUGACAAGAUAACUCAGACAUCUUCUGGUGGACCGGGAAAGCUUGCCUCAAUUAGCCUGACUGCCGUUGGACAAAUUAAUGUUGAAGAGCCUAGACAUCAACCAGGGGAAGUUGGCAAGCAACCUUGGCUACAACCUGCUAAGAUUUCGACCCCCACAAACCAGGCAAUGGAUGUUGAAGAGCCCUCUAAACCUACAAAAUGUGAUGCCCCCGAGAGUAACGGUGAUAAAAAUACUAAAACGCAGUCGCAGAAGAAGGUGGCUAAAAGAAAGACUUUGGGUUCUAAGACCAAGGUCAGUAAAUCUGCAGACACAAAAGGCUCAAUAUGCCCAAGCAAGGCAGCUUCCUCAACUGAUGCAAAGAGCUCUUCAAAUGGCAGGGAAAGUACAGUUAUUUCUGACAAAUCUCCUGGCAAUCACAGUGAUAUGGCUCAUGCACAAAAUGGUAUUGCAUCAUUGGUGGGGGCGAAGGAUAUUAUGCAAGCUGAGGAUGGCAUUAAGGAUAUUAUGGAUGAGGAUACUGAGGCCCCUGAGGACAAGGAUGAUUGUGCUUUGGAGGAAGCAAUAAAUAAAGGAAAUCCUGAUGAAUAUCAGUUGAUACAAAAAGAAGACGUGCAUAUGGAGGAGACUUCGAAUUGUUUGGUGAAGGAAACAAAUAUCUCUAGUGAUCACAUGCCUGAUGAUGCUACUAAAUCUAAAGGAGGUUCAAGCAAAGAAAAAUCACUAAGGACCUAUGGCAAAACUUAUGGGCUAAAAAAGCCAAAUUCGAGGGCAGCAAUAGAAGGCAAAAUUAUUAAAGGAACUAAAAGUUCUACUGGUAAGAAGCGAAAGACAGUCCCUGAUGAUAAUGGGAAACCGGGAUGCAAUGUUGGCUUGGAUGGGGGAGCGUCAUCUCUUCUGCAUGAGGACCGAAGGGUGGAAGAGCACAAUGGAUUUGCAUGUUCUUCAGGCACAGCGAAACCAAACAGAUUUGAGAGCUCCACUGAAGUAGAGAAGGAGAACCAACCAGUUCUGAAUGCGGACCAUGGUAUUAGUCAGGGCAAAUUACAAAAUCAGAAAGCCUCUGAUAAAUCAGGCAGAAUGAAUUGGCAAAAUGAUGAAGAGGCUAAAAAAAACUGUGGAAACUCAGUAUUAGCAGAAACUCUCAACGGAAGAAGAACGGAACCUGCGUGGUUUAUACUGAGUGGACAUAGGCAAAAGAGGAAAGAAUUUCAACAAGUUGUUCGACGUCUCAGAGGGAGAUUAUGUGCAAAUUCCCAUAAAUGGUCAUACCAGGCAACGCACUUCAUAUCUCCAGAUCCUGUGCGCAGGACUGAGAAGUUUUUUGCAGCUGCUGCUUCUGGAAGGUGGAUUCUGAAGCCUGAAUAUCUGACUGCUAGUAGUGAGGCAGGAAAGUUUCUGGCUGAGGACCCUUAUGAAUGGCACAAAAACGGCCUUAGCCAAGAUGGUGCAAUUAACUUUGAGGCUCCAAGAAAAUGGCGGCUCUUAAGGGAGAGGACAGGACAUGGUGCCUUCUAUGACAUGCGUAUAAUAAUUUAUGGCGAAUGUAUCACACCACCUCUGGACACACUGAAGCGUGUUGUGAAGGCUGGGGAUGGGGCUAUUCUAGCAACUUCUCCACCUUAUGAUCGGUUCCUUAACACCAGAGUUGACUUCGCCAUCAUCAGUCCUGGGAUGCCACGAGUGGAUGUGUGGGUCCAGGAAUUCCUGAAGCAUGAGAUACCAUGCAUUGCGGCAGACUACCUAGUUGAGUACGUGUGCAAACCAGGAUACUCACUCGAGAAGCAUGUGUUGUACGGCACACAUGCCUGGGCAGAGAAGUCGUUUUCCCGACUGCAGUCAAAGGCAAAAGAGGUGGUGAACUUAGCACCGCCAGACAAUGGUGGAAGUGAUAUACGUUGCCAAGCUUGUGGUUCUUGUGAUAGAGGGGAGGUGAUGCUCAUCUGUGGUGAUGAGAGCGGUUCAGUUGGUUGUGGGAUAGGCACUCAUAUUGAUUGCUGUGAUCCUCCACUCAAAGCUGUUCCAGAAGAGGAUUGGCUUUGUCCAAGGUGUAUCCAAAGUACAAAGAAAACCACAAAAUCUGCUCCAAAAAGGAAACGUGGAACAGCGUCAUCAAGGUGCAAGUGAUCAAUUUAUGUUAUGUUAAGACUCUGAUCGUGUCAAGGUGGGAAAUCUGUAAAUUUUUGGGGGGUACGGGAUAAAGGUAGAAAUGCCAGGUUUAACAUAUUACUCCUAAUAAGUUGCUUGAUUCAAGUGCACCCCAGUUUUAACUGUAGUCAUGUAGCGGAGAGAGUGACUACUCUUUUCUAGACUUGCUUGUUGAUAGUCAUGAAAGUCAGUCGCGGAUUUGUUCCUUCACCGGCAAUCUGUAAUCCUGCAGCUUAUUGCUGCAUUAACCUGUGAAAUGAUCAUUUAUUCCCAUGCA